AAUUCCGGGCCCGGCUAUGGGGCUACCUAGUUGUUUUGAUUUCGCUUUCCGUUCUGAACUUUCUUUGCCUGGUCAGAAACUGCGCAGCAUGAUCACUAACCGAGCAAAAGCUAACCAGUGAUAGAUGCCAGCAUCGAUCUUACGGGCUGUGGCCAAGCGUAUUGGCACCGGCACCAAUGAAAAGUGUCCCGGAGAAAGCUAUGCUUGCCAAGUCUGCAUCCUUCGUCCUCGUUCUUCUCCUCUUGAUUCAUGAGGCCUCGGCGGCCGACGACGGCCGGUUUAUCCACAUGGGCUUCGCCGCGGCGGGCCUUACGCUGGACGGGCUCGCCGUCGUGAUGCCCGACGGCCUCCUCGCGCUCACCAACGCCACAGACCAGGCGAAAGCCCACGCCUUCCACCCCAUCCCGCUCCACUUCCUCAGCAAGUCCGCGGCGACGACGAAGACCAGCGCGGUGGCGGCUCGGUCCUUCUCGACGUGCUUCGUCUUCGCCAUCGUGUCCCCCUACGACGGGCUGAGCUCUCACGGCCUCGCCUUCGUGGUCGCCCCGACCACGAACCUCUCCACGGCGAACGCCGGGCAGUACCUGGGCCUCCUCAACGCGGCCAACGGCACGGCGAGCGACCGCAUCCUGGCAGUCGAGCUCGACACCAUAACCGACGCCGAGUUCCACGACAUCAACAGCAACCACGUCGGGGUCGACGUCAACAGCCUGAUAUCGGAGCAGGCCCGGCCGGCCGGAUACUAUGACGACGAAGCCGGCGGCGUCUUUCAAGAAUUGACGCUAAACAGCCGUAAGCCGAUGCAAGUGUGGGUAGACUACGACGGCCAGGCAAGGCAGCUCGACGUGACGCUAGCUCCGGUCCAAGUGCCAAAGCCCAAGAAGCCUCUGCUCUCCACGGCUGUUGAUCUUUCCACGGUCGUGGCGGAUCCGAUGUACAUCGGCUUCUCAUCGGCGACCGGGGUCUUGUCCACGCACCACUACAUACUCGGAUGGAGCUUCAGCUUGGACGGACCUGCUCCUCCUCUCGACUUCUCCAAGCUCCCCGUCCUGCCACGCGUGGGUCCGAAGCCUCGGUCCAAGGUCUUGGACGUGGUGCUGCCGCUCACCACCGCAUUGCUCGUCGCUGCAGCGCUAGCAGCCAUCUUCACGGUCGUCCGGAGACGGCGGCGGUACGCCGAGGUGCGGGAAGACUGGGAGGACGAGUUCGGCCCGCAUCGCUUCGCGUAUAAGGACCUGUUUCGUGCCACCGAUGGCUUCAAGGGUCGGAAUUUACUCGGCGUCGGAGGGUUUGGACGAGUUUACAAAGGGGUACUUGCGGCAUCCAAUUUGGAGAUAGCAGUGAAGAAGGUGUCACACGAUUCGAAGCAAGGAGUGAGGGAGUUCAUCGCCGAGGUGGUGAGCAUUGGCCGCCUUCGACACCGGAACCUCGUUCAGUUACUAGGCUACUGCAGACGCAGAGGUGAACUUCUCUUGGUGUAUGACUACAUGGCAAAUGGUAGUCUUGACAAGUACCUGUACGAUCAAGACAAGCCCGCUCUUUCUUGGCGUCAGAGGUUCUGGAUCAUCAAAGGCGUCGCAUCGAGCCUCCUAUAUCUACACGAGGACUGGGAGCAGGUUGUCAUCCAUCGAGAUGUCAAAGCGAGCAACGUGCUCCUGGACCACGAGAUGAAUGGUCGGCUCGGUGACUUCGGCCUGGCCAGAUUGUACGACCACAGUGCGGAUCCUCAGACAACUCAUGUGGUUGGGACCAUGGGGUACCUCGCACCAGAGCUCGUGCGCGACGGGAAGGCAGCUCCCUCGACCGACGUGUUCGCAUUCGGCGCGUUCCUCUUGGAGGUCGUUUGCGCGCGGAGGCCAAUCCAUCACGACGACCACAACAGCCGGGUCGUGCUGGUGGACCGGGUGAUCGAGUGCCAUCGCAGUGGUUCAGUUCUCGACGCGGUUGAUGCACGACUCGAAGAGAGGUACGACGCGGAGGAGGCAAGCCUCGCGCUGAAUUUGGGCAUCAUGUGUUUGCACCCGUUGCCCGAUGUGAGGCCCAGCAUGCGAAGAGUUGUUCAGUACUUGGACUCCAGCCAGCCGGUUCCUGAUCUGUCACCAAGCUACACGAGCUACGGCAUGAUGAGGCUGAUGCAGAUCCAAGGGUUUGAUUCGUUCGUCGUCUCAGCCGAUUCAUCCGUGACCAGCGGCGGGGCAUCCUCUUCGACGAUUUUCUCAGAGGGGAGAUGAUAUGGCUGGUGCUUGUAGUCCGUUUCUUGCUAGCUACUGACCCCAGUUAGUGCUUUCUUCAACGCAAGCGUGUAAUUUCGAAUUGAAUAAAACUUUGUCACUUUUUAGUUACUAAACCAACAUCCAACAUCUUAGACGUGU